AUGUCUCUUUAUUUCCCUGAUCCCGCCUUCUCUCCCCAAGCCCUUUCGGGCCGCUCCAUCUUCAAACGAUGCGUCGAGUGCUCCUCGUCCGCGCCCGCUUGUCCCUCCUGCGAGGAUGGAUACACCUGCACCAUGAUCAGUCGAUCCUGUGAUCAGUGUGCCACGACAAAAUGUAUCCAGACCUCGACCAGUAGCAGUUCAGACGACUCCCAGGACAGCUCAUCAGGUGGUGGAAGCAACGCGGGCGCCAUUGCAGGUGGUGUCAUCGGUGGUGUCGCCGCCGUCGCCAUCAUCACAUUCUUGGUCUGGUGGUUCGUUAUCCGCAAGAAGCGCAAGGAAUAUGCCCAACAAGGCGGCAACGAAGCCGAGAAAUCAAACAACUCCGCAUUCAACGACGCCCGCAAUUCGCGCAAGUCAACGCACUCCAUCGCCUCCACCGUCUUGACCCGUGCCUCCAACGUCAUUCAGAUCGCCUACAUCCCCGGUGUUACGAACCGUUCUCCCCCCGAAACGCCGCUCGUGCCCCCCGUUCCUCCCCUCCCUGGUGCCACCCCCGACCAGCACUUCUUCAUGCCCGGUGACCUGCGCGACUCGUCCUGGUCGGAUAUGACCACCGAACGUCGCAGUAUCGCCCCCAGUCUCCGCAGCAGCGUGGCCACCACCAUCUACCGCAACAACGCCAUCGUCAGCCCCAUGCCUGCCCAACAGGCCAUGCGGACGAGAGCCGCCGUCGUCAGCAUCCACAACGGUGGGAACGCACCGAACGGGUCUUUGGCACCGCCCGAUGCCCCCGCCGUUCCUGCGAUCACGCCCGCCCAGCUCGCCAAGGCUGGUGUCGCCGAGUCCAACAGUAACAGCUCCAUUGUGGCACGGACGGUUACCGCCAAGCCGGUCAUGGUGAAGGGCACCGCGAAGAAGAACAACAACAACACCAACACUCCCACCGUCCAGACGAUUGAGGAACAGCCUGAAUCAGGCGCCUCCACAUCGGCAUCGAGUCAUCAGCAGACUCCUGCAUCUGGCUUUGACGCCAGCUCGUCCGACGAAGAAGACGAGACGUCCACGACUUUGAGCGCCAAACGCGCUGAAACCAAACCUGGAGAUCGCCAAUCGCGCGCCUCCACACAAAGCCCAUUCAGCGACCUGCACGCCAAUGCCGAGACGAACUCCCGGACGUCAGUCCAUGAAGGAUCCAGGUCCAACCGAAGUAGUAGAGUCCCGCCUCCGCGCGUCGAGAGCCCCUUCUCCGACGCCAACGAGGUGAAAUAA